CGUGAUUAAUUGAAGCUGCGGCCCAUCUUUUAGUAGACAGAGUUUUGGGCUUUAGGCCCAACAUAAUGGAUGAAAUAUUUAACACUAAUUCAAGCCAGCUCAUAUUUGUACAUAUAAAUAUAUCACAUAGACUUCUCGUAUUAGGUUUAUACACUCGUCGGCCGCCGUUGCUCUUCUGCUACUUCCUUUCAACCUUCAUCUCCCUGACCGCGGUCCCUUCUUCGUCUCUAAUCUGCAAUCAUGGGGAAAACUCGUGGUAUGGGAGCUGGGCGCAAGCUCAAGUCCCACCGUAGGACCCAAAGAUGGGCUGAUAAGUCUUACAAGAAAUCUCACCUUGGGAAUGAAUGGAAAAAACCAUUCGCAGGGUCGUCCCAUGCCAAGGGCAUUGUUCUUGAGAAAAUAGGUAUUGAAGCUAAGCAGCCGAAUUCUGCUAUUCGUAAGUGUGCUAGGGUGCAGCUGAUCAAGAAUGGCAAGAAGAUUGCUGCUUUCGUCCCCAAUGAUGGUUGUUUAAACUACAUCGAAGAAAAUGACGAAGUGUUGAUUGCUGGAUUUGGGCGUAAGGGACAUGCCGUGGGAGAUAUUCCUGGUGUUAGAUUUAAGGUGGUGAAGGUAUCAGGAGUUUCACUGCUUGCUCUCUUUAAGGAGAAGAAAGAAAAGCCUAGGUCUUAAAUCUCUUUCUUUCUUUAGUAGUGGCUGAGAACUCUGAGCUGGUUUUGAUCUAUGAUUCAAAUGUUUUUUUUUUUGGAAGAUUAUGAUUCAAAUGUUUUGAGUUGAUUUUGUAGACAAUAUACUGUCUUAUUAAGCAUGUCUUUCUAGAUU